AUGUCGUCCCUUACCGACUUUAUUGAUUUUAGCCAGCCCAGCUUCAAAGCCACUGGUACUUCGAGGUACUUGCAGUACAUGGGACCAAAGCGACUGCUAACCAUUGAGAUAUCCCAACAGUUGCCGCAGCUGCUAUUGCCUUCAAUCCCAUUUUCUGGAAUGUGGUUGCUCGACAAGGAAUUUUCCGCGACAACCUAUACAAUGAAGCUCUCAAAGCCCAACCUUACUUUGCGCCCGUCCACCAACCGAAAUACCUUGGUACUUUCGAGUAUGUGGGCAUUGGGCCUUACGGGAACGUAUCUCGGCGACUACUUUGGAAUUUUGAUGGACGCACCGGUCACUGGGUUCCCCUUUAACGUUUCCAGUGCGCCAAUGUAUUGGGGUAGCACGAUGAGCUUUUUGGCUGUUGCGCUAUAUUACGGGAAGGCUGCAGGGCUAGUAUUGACUGCGGAAGUGUUUAUCGUGUAUUGGCUGGCUUUGAAAUGGGAAGAUCCGUUUACAGCAGAAAUCUACGCAAAGCGCGAGCGAGACAGGGCGAAAGCCGGGAAAAGCAACAAGCGGGCUUAA